ACUACUACAGUACUUCUCAGUGAGAGCAGCAGUACACCCGUAACUAUGGUAGCCUACCUCACCUGUGGAGGGCAGCAGAGCUGCGCAUUAUUUAACGUGAAGAAGAAGAAAUUCACUCGGACCGGAAGUGAGUGAAAGCAGCGGGAACAACAGAAGAAGAAGUCUGGAGAGACGUGAACGCUUUACUGACCGACAUGUCGCUCCAGGUGCGGUGCUUGUCGUUCCGGCAGCCGUACGCAGGUCUGGUUCUGGACGGGCUGAAGACGGUGGAGAGCCGUUGGAGGCCUCUGCUGGCCCCGCUGGAGAACCAGACCCUGGCGGUCCACAUCGCCCAGCGGGACUGGGACCAGGAUGAGGACUGGAGGGCGGUACUGAGCGGCCCGCUGGGGAUGAACCGGGUCCAGAUACGAGCGCUCCUGGACUCCGGAGAGAGGUUCGGCCGCGGAGUGGUGGCAGGAUUGGUGGAUGUGGGCGGGACCUGGCUGUGCCCCGCCUCCCUGCAGGAGGAGGAGGAGCUACAUCACCUGGAGCUGUCGGCUGUUCUGAUUGGUCUGCAGGAGAAACACCUGACUCACCUGUCCAACCCCCGCUGGCUCAGGGGGCCUCUGAGGACCCCGGGGGGUCGGGACCUCUGGACUGUGGAGAUCCCCCCCGAGCUGUUACCAUGACGACAACGAGACACGUGUAUAAAUCCUAAUAAACUGAGGAUGCUAGCCUGUUAGCAUGUGAAGACAUGAGAAAGGUCAUGUGACCCGACAGGAAGCAUCAUCAUCGUCUGCUGGUGAAACACAAACUUUAUUAAACCCAAAAAAAACAAACAGACUCAACACAAAUAGAUCCCUCAUCAAUAAACAGGGACUGGCCAUGCCCCCUCUCUUCUCUGAUUGGCUGGCUGGCUGGCUGACAAAACGUGACGAACUUUAACAAACUGAACUCUUGACGUCAUCGUAGGUUCUCUAAAAAAAAAAUAAUGAACCUUUUGAAAAGGAAGUGAUUCACUUAGCCACGAGCUAACCUUUAGCAUGUGAAGCUAACAUGCCAACACAGGAAAACUACACUGUUAAAUUUAGAUUUUUAAAACAUCUAUUCAACAUUAAAAUGUUUACUUUUC